AUGCGCGGCGUUCGUGUUUUGCGGCAUGGGAGGCUGGCGUACCCGGUCGGCACUGGGCGGCUCGCCCUCGGCACCGAGCUACUGCCACUGCUUCCCUCCAACGACAUCUUCUACGACCCUCCAAAGCUGCGCUGCCGGCUUGACCAGGAUGGCUACCUCUACUUCAAGAAUACCGUGCCACGUCAUGUGGUGAACGCCGCCCUCGACGACCUUGCGAAUCAGCUGCACGAGUGCGGGUGUACCCUUGACGAGGACCGCGCGCGGCAAGCGGAGUUGAACGGCUUCACGAUGGGUGUACCGUACCCCUCCACCCGUGGCGCCGAGCUGCCACCGCUGAACAUCCACCACACCAACACGAUUCGCAACGCAGUGAGUGGCACGAGUGUGAUGGCGACGGUGCGCCAAGUCUUCGGCGGCGCUGUGAACGUAACGACGCUACAGACGCUGCACCUCGGCGCCCCUGACGAGCCCUUCGGCUUUCGCAUGCCCAGCGUACUGUUAAACCGCGGCACCAAACUCGCUCUCGUAGCCUUAGUCUCGCUGCAUGACACCCCUCUCCACAUGGGCCCACCGCUGCUCGUGCGCAGCAGCAACAGUCAGGACACGUACGCGCCGCUGCGGAAGACGUACGGGCAGUGGGAGGUGGAGGGUGACACGAUCCGCGGCGAUGGCUGCUAUACCGAGAACCCGGCGGAGCUCUCGCCGCUGGGGAAGCUACCAGGCACGGAUGAAGUGACCGGGGCCCCCACCAUUGUUGACGUCAACCCAUUUGUGUCCUCCGCCUUGGAGGGUGGCGACCUGCUGCUGACGACUGUGUACACCAUGCAGGCCUUCUUGACAAACCAGACAAACUGCUGGCGCCUCAUGGCAGAGGCAGUCUGGUGCAUGGACGGCGACGACGUAGGACUAGACCCGCGGUACAUGGGUAGCGAUGCCCCUGGACUUGCGAUGUGGACAGAGCGCCGUGACGACCCGGCUGUGUACCCGAAGAGCUUGAUGGAAGCCAAGAAGGAGUGGGGCCUAGUGCCCGACUUGGCGAUGUCGACAAGGGACGGAGACUAA